ACGCAACACAACGAAAGGGAAGGAGUUAGGGCUUAAGACGAGUGCAGUUGUUGCUGCUGCUGUUGUUUCUACACUCUUCACCUUCUUCUCCAAUCGCGAUUGUGACUGAGAAACAAAGGAUCAGAAAUGGCGUUGGCUUUCGACGAGUUCGGAAGGCCUUUCAUAAUCCUAAAGGAACAAGAACAGAAGAGCAGACUCAGAGGUCUCGAUGCUCAGAAAGCCAACAUCUCCGCCGGCAAAGCUGUCGCUCGCAUUCUCCGAACCUCUCUCGGCCCCAAAGGCAUGGACAAGAUGCUUCAGAGUCCCGACGGCGACGUUACCAUCAGUCAGUUCCUCUCUCUCUCUCUCUCUCUCUCUCUCUCUCUCUCUCUCAUUCUCACCGUUACUGUUACCGUUACCGUCUUCCUUUUCCCUUUUUACAGCGAACGAUGGUGCCACAAUUUUGGAGCAGAUGGACGUUGACAACCAAAUUGCGAAGCUCAUGGUUGAGCUUUCGAGGAGUCAGGAUUACGAAAUCGGUGAUGGCACCACUGGUGUUGUUGUCAUGGCUGGAGCACUUCUUGAACAAGCUGAACGACUCCUUGAACGAGGGAUUCACCCUAUUAGGAUCGCUGAGGGUUACGAAAUGGCUUCUAGAAUCGCUUUUGAACAUAUCGAGCGUAUUGCUAACAAAUUUGAAUUUGGACAAACCAAUUUGGAGCCUCUAGUUCAAACUUGCAUGACUACGCUCUCUUCCAAAAUUGUGAAUCGGUGUAAGCGAAGUUUGGCGGAGAUUGCUGUUAAGGCUGUUCUUGCUGUUGCUGAUCUGGAGAGGAAGGAUGUUAAUUUGGAUCUGAUAAAAGUGGAAGGGAAAGUUGGGGGUAAAUUGGAAGAUACCGAGUUAAUCUAUGGAAUCGUUGUUGAUAAGGAUAUGAGCCAUCCUCAAAUGCCUAAGCAAAUUGAAAAUGCUAAAAUUGCUAUCUUGACUUGCCCCUUUGAGCCCCCGAAGCCAAAGACUAAGCAUAAGGUUGAUAUUGAUACAGUGGAGAAGUUCCAGACAUUGAGGUUGCAGGAACAGAAAUAUUUUGAUGAUAUGGUUCAACGAUGCAAGGAUGUGGGUGCAACCCUUGUCAUCUGCCAAUGGGGUUUUGACGAUGAAGCAAAUCAUCUCUUGAUGCACAGGAACUUGCCAGCUGUUAGAUGGGUUGGUGGUGUAGAGUUGGAGUUGAUAGCUAUAGCAACGGGUGGAAGAAUUGUUCCUAGGUUCCAGGAGUUAACUCCAGAAAAGUUGGGUGAGGCUGGUAUGGUACGAGAAAAGUCCUUUGGUACAACGAAAGACCGAAUGCUGUACAUUGAGCAUUGUGCAAACUCAAGAGCUGUAACAAUAUUUAUUCGUGGAGGUAACAAAAUGAUCAUAGAGGAGACAAAGCGUAGCCUUCAUGAUGCCUUGUGUGUGGCUAGGAAUCUUAUCCGCAACAAUUCUAUUGUAUAUGGUGGUGGUUCAGCUGAGAUUUCCUGUUCUAUAGCUGUGGAGGCAGCUGCUGAUAGAUACCCUGGAGUAGAACAGUAUGCUAUUAGAGCAUUUGGGGAUGCUUUGGAGGCCAUCCCUAUGGCCCUUGCUGAAAAUAGUGGCCUCCAACCUAUUGAAACGUUAUCUGCUGUUAAGUCCCAGCAAAUAAAGGAUAAUAACCCUCACUUCGGCAUUGAUUGCAAUGAUGUUGGAACUAAUGACAUGUGUGAACAAAAUGUAUUCGAAACUUUGAUCGGAAAGCAGCAACAGAUCUUACUCGCUACCCAAGUUGUCAAGAUGAUACUGAAAAUUGAUGAUGUCAUAUCCCCAUCCGAUUAUUGAUACUUUUAAACUCAUGUUCUACAUCAGGAUGCUGAAUUGCUGAUAGUAUUUUGUUUCCAUUGGUUUGUUGUAGUUAGAGUCCGUAUGUUCACUCGAAUAUUCAUGUAAGAUUUUGGCACGGUUUUGUAUCGGUGUUGGGUGACUCUUUUUUUGUUUAAUGCAAUUGUUAUGCAAUUUAUAUUGAGGAUUAUGAAUUGUUAUAUUUUAGAUCAUCUAACCUUUGUAGGCUCUGAGGGAAAUUUUGCGGUCUCUUAUUUUGGGCCUUAUAAAAUGAGUUUGACUGGUUGUGCCGCUGAGAGACUGUAGGCCAGGCAACGAAAGUGUAUACGGCUUGGUUUUAUAUUUUUCUUAAGAGUUAUGGCCCUUGAGUACGUUUGACGGGAGUGUACUGUAUUUUAAAAGAAUUCUUGACAAAAUAAUUGGAACCGAUGGCAUUGGUUAAUGACAAAUUAGUAGUAUACUAGUAUUUAGU